AUGACGACGAGCAUUCACAUCACAGCACUCGACGGAAUCGUCAACGUGAACUCUCUCUUCACGCUCGCCGUUUUCAUCGGAUUAGCUUGGAACCCUACCGACCCAUCCAACAGCCUCGUAACCGACCCGAAUUGCAACCCGACAACUCGUAUGGCCGAGAAUCUCGUCGCCUUCCAUGUCUACUCAUUCGCCUCCUUCCUUUUCUCCAGCCUCAUCGCUCUGGGUCUCAAACAAGCCAUGAGGCUCAACAUAGCCUCGUCGUUUCACUUCUCCUCGCGGAUCGAUCCGGUGGUGUACUACGUCAACAAGACGGCUCUCAGAUUCGGGAUGGUGACCUCCGGAUUGGGCUCGGUUUGCGGUUGUGGAUUCCUCAUGAUGGCUCUGAUCAACGUCGUUCAGAUCAAGCUCGGGAGUUUCGGGUGCGGUGCGAGUGGUCAUACUUAUGCAGCCGUUGUGCCGCUUCUGAUUCUGGUCCCUUCUGCACUUUUCAUCUAUGUUUCUCUUAUGCUCUAUGCUUUCACUCGCUAG